AUGGGGUCAUCCCCGGAGACCACCCUCACCUGCCUGACGGAGGGCUGCCCCGGCACCGGCUCUGCCAGGGCAGGUUUGCUGUCCCUCAUCCUUGUGGCCACGCUGAGCAGCCCCUCGCUGCAGAGAUCCCUGCCAGCGGCGUACAGAGACAAGGCUCCCCAGGAGGGCACGGGCCUGAUCCAGUGCGGGGAAUACAGCAACCAGGUGCUGCCCAACGGCCGCUGUAAGAUCGUGGCCACGCUGCCGCAGGGGGACGAGCAGCGGUGCCCGGACAUGUUUCGUUGCACCGAUGAGGUGUCCUACUGGCUCCACGAGAACGAGGAACGCAAGCAGCAGGUCCUGGAGCUGCGGGAGCUGAUUUCAGAGCUGCAGGAGGAGCUGAGGAACCACCGGCACCGCAUCAAAGUCCUUGAGCUCCAGCAUGAGGAGGCGGCUGGCCGGAAUCACAGCCUGGCCCAACGCGUGCAGGACCUGGAGCAUCGGUACAGCGAGGCCAGCACCCUGCAGCACAUCCAGGCCACGCUGCUCUACGACAUGCAGGCGCAGAUAAACAACAUCUCCGUCCUGACCGACUGGGCCUGGCGAAACCCCACCUGCCUCAGCCCCGCUGAGAUGAGGCUUCAGGAGGAGAUGCAUCAUCCAGAGGUAAAGCACGCCAGGAACUGCCCCAUCGACUGUGCUUCUGUUUACUACAACGGGCUCCGGCGAUCUGGGGUCUACAGCAUCAUGCCCUCGGUCGGAGGGAUGCCUAUCGAAGUGCUGUGUGAGAUGGACACCGAAGGUGGGGGCUGGACGGUCAUCCAGAGGCGCCAGGAUGGCUCCGUUGACUUCAACCGGACCUGGAAUGAGUACAAGGAGGGCUUUGGGGACCUCAAUGGCGAGUUCUGGCUGGGCAACGAGAACAUCCACAAGAUGACUAGCCAAGGGGACUACUCUCUGCGCAUCGACCUGGAGGACUGGAACAACAAGCACAAGCAUGCCUUCUACCAGGUCUUCAGCAUUGAGGACGAGGCAAACUAUUACCGCCUGCACGUGGACGGGUUCAGCGGGACGGUGGAGGAUUCCUUUGCCUGGUACCACAACAAGAGGAGCUUCAGCACACCUGACUCGGGGAACAUCUGCGCCGAGAUUUCCCAUGGAGGCUGGUGGUACCACCAGUGCUUUUUCUCCAACCUCAACGGGGUGUACUACAAGGGCGGCCGAUACUCCAUCAAAAACCGCAAGAUCCUGGGGCCGGAUGGUAUCGUGUGGUACUCGUGGAAGGACACAGACUACUACUCCCUGAGGAAGGUGGUCAUGAUGAUUCGACCACGCACUUUCCGGCCCCACCUGUCCCCAUGA